UCCCUGACAGGACAGCUUCUGGAACGGAGGGCGAAGGACUGAACCGAGGGAAGAGAGCCAGUGCCGGGUGUGCGGCGGAGCACAUGGGGCUUUUUACCACAAUGUGCGGGGUAUGAGGGAUUAACUGCCCUGAGCUGGGGCCCUGGGUGUCCGCGAAGCAGCUGAGCUCUUCCUCCAGACGUAUUUUUGGCCGGGGUAUCUUCCAACUCCGGGGCAAUUAUUGCUGACCUCGCCAUGUCGGAGGAGUGGGGCCAGAAGAAGCUGCCCCCGGAGGAGGGGCGCUAUGACUCGGGGAUAGCAGACUCAGUCCAGUCCUUGUCUGAAUUCGGAGCCUCCAGGUUCCCCUCCCUACCGGAGGCAGAAGAGCCGAAGCUUCAGGAUCCACCCCCGCGGGGGGCAGAUUCCGCCAAGCCCGGGGUGGUCGAGGCCCACGAGCUGGACAGGACGGACUCUGUGUACGGCUCGUCUUCAAUAACUGAGUCGCUGAGCGCCACGUGCGUGCUGUCUAUUGCCCCCCAGGGGGGUAAAACUGAUGCUGAGGGGGUGAGAAGAGAGGAGCCCCAGGAGCUGGAAGGCCUGAGCUACCUGUCUGAGGAGGGAGACACGAUCCUGCACCUCGCCGUCAUUCACUCCAUGCAGGAGCUGGCGCUCUAUUUCAUCGCCGUGGCCCCCAAGGACGUCCUGGAUAUCCAGAAUGAUCUGUACCAGACGCCCCUGCACCUGGCUGUUUACCUGGAUCAGGUGAAGGUGGUGGAGUCUCUGGUGGAGAAAGGAGUCAACCUGGAACUGCAGGACAGGAAGGGCAACACAGCUCUGCACGUGGCCUGCGAGAACCAGCACUUGGAUAGUGCCAGGAUCCUGCUCCAGGGGCCACGGGGCCCCCAGAACCUUCACCUGCAGAACUGGAAUGGUCUGGCCUGUCUGCACAUCGCCACCAUGAAGAGAGACCUCUCCCUCACCUCUCUCUUACUGGAGCACGGAGCCGACAUCAACGACCAGGAGGGCACCAGCGGGAAGACCCCCCUGCAUCUGGCGGUGGAGAUGCUGGACUCCGCUCUGCUCGCUCAGUUAUUACAGCAUCGCCCCCAAGUGGACGCUCUCAUGUAUAACGGCUGCACCCCUCUGCACCUGGCGGUGGGCCGGAAGGACGCCGGUUUGGCCCGGCUGCUUUGCCAAGCGGGGGCCGAUACCCUGCAGAGGAACCGCGAGGGGGACACCCCCCAGGAUCUGGCAGAAGGAAAUAAUCAGCUCCUGGCUCUUCUGCCGUUCGACGACUUGAAGAUCUCCGGGAAGCCGGUUGUGACGUCGGCGUGAGACGUUGCUGGCUGGGGGGAGCUUGCUGCGCAGGUUCCCCGGCGCUCUUUGACUAUAGACGCUCUGGAUCAGGACACAAAUAAA